CUUGAACCUCAAGACGCGAUGCCGCUUAUAGAUAGUGAUCAUGGGAUUGUUCUCACGGAUCUCAACCCUGACAAACGACUAUGCCAGUAUUCUUUGUGCGCAGCGUACGGGAAACAUAAGGCUUGCGGAAAGUGCAAGUACGCUCGCUAUUGUAGCGCAGAGUGUCAAAAGCUGGACUGGCCGGAUCACAAGCAAACCUGCGGAAAAUUCGAGACCCCUAUCAUGGACGCUGCAGGAUGGCGCCGCAUGUACAAAGGUGUAUGGGAAUGGGCAGCAGCCGAAGGCCUCGAGGCGCACUCGACUCCUCACAAGAUCCACACGCACUGCCUGCUUGUCGACGUCGUCUGGGGGGACCGUCUCGUGGGCUCGACACCAAGCUACUUCGAACUCAUGUCUGUCCGAGUCUGUCCAAUCGCGGAGCUAGGGCCCGUGACUGAUGCCAUGUCGGCCGCUCUCGACCGCGACGUUGAGAUAUGCCGCAAAAUUCAGGAAGAAGGUGGUCUCGGACAAGCGCGCGUCGUAUUCCACUUCAGGGAAUCUCCGCGGUACGCUGGUAGAUACCCUCGAGACAUCUAUAUUGUCGAGAAGUACGCGCUGAGGGACAAACCUGAUCCGAAACACGACGCGCCGGAUAGCUGGAUGGAUGUGGAGGGUUGGGUGAAACGCUUAACCAACAGUAUCGCUAUGUUGAAGACGAUGGACAAGUGGAGUGCGCGCCUGCACGGGCCUCCGUCAGAACGUCCGAAAGGCCUACUGUAUGCAUCGUUCAAAUAUUAGGACUUCUGAUAACUAUUUCCCUCUGUUUCCGUGCAUCGCGCCUCUUAACCCGUAGGUUCGUGGGCCCGUAUGUACGAGUAAAUGGGUCUGUACGUAUUCUAGAGAGGCUAGGCUAGUUCUCCGUACUCCUGACAUAUCUGAAGCUAGGCUCUGUACACGCUCUGUACACGGAUCCCCUUCUUAUGUAUUUUUCACUCAUCGAUCUGUUGGCAUACUGUUAGUCAUAUCUCGGGACAUUGUAAACCAUCUGUUCGCUAGUUACGUUGGGAUAAAGUCCAUACGGAGCAUUCCUCCACUUGCGGACUGGCGCUUCAAGUGU